UGCCUCAUUAUUGGGAACAACUAAGCGAGUACAAAGGUGGCGACGGUGCUGGCUUUUUGAUGUAUUUUAUCGCACAAGUUAAUUACUAUCACCUUACACAAAGCGGUUAAAGCACGCGUACUAAGUACGACGUUUUUAAUUCUCCGUCAUAGAAUUCGCUGCUUGACAUCCAUUAGACUAUGAAUCACAACAAUUUCAGCUUAAAGGCGCGAUAACACUAACAGGCUUUCCCAUGGAAAAAGCAAGAGAAGCCAUGUGUAUAAGAAAACUUUGUUUUGUUUUCGCCCUUCUAUGUGUUUUUCUGCUAACAAGAUCUGAAAGCACAGGCGACUGCUCAUUUGACAACUUUACUCUCUGUAACUGGACGAAGGUUCAGACUAACGGCGCGGAAUGGACUCUCCUCAAGGAUCGUACUCCAAGUAUCAAUACUGGCCCCAGUCACGAUCACUCUGGCUCAGGAUUUUACAUCUACGUCGAGUCAUCCAGCCCUAUUCUUUACGACCAAAAGGCGCGGCUACUUAGUCCAGUCCUAAACGGCCCACUUACGAUGUCUUUCUUUUACCACAUGUUUGGCGCUACUAUAGAAACCCUUUCCGUUUACGUAGCUUUUGGUUUGAAGGAGACACGCGUGUGGAGCCGCCAUGGUAACCAUGGAGACAAGUGGUUGCCUGGAUGUGUGAAUAUAACAAUGUCAGGAAAUUAUAGGAUCAUUAUAGAAGCAUACGGCAGCGGGAGCUAUACCGGGGAUAUAGCAGUUGACGAGAUAACCUUCAAGGAUGGAUUACUAGUUUGUAAUAACACAGGAGAAGAAACGCCGCCAGAGACAUUUAAUGUGAACUGUACAUUUGAAGAUAGUUUUUGUGGAUGGCGUAGCCUGGCGUACAAGCGAAGCAACGAUUUACCCCUGCAAUGGACAAGAGGUAAUAUGGCAUCAAAUGGUUAUCUCUAUGUCAACACAACCUAUCUAAGUAGUCCAGGAUACUUUGCUUAUUUGCUGAGCCCGCGUACAACUGGUCCGCAGUGUCUCCGGUUCAUAUACAGCAUGCGAAGUGAUGUCAUUGGAACUCUGGAAGUAUUAUUAUUUGAAUAUAAAUCCGCAACGGAAAGAGUAAGCGCAGAAUGGACCACGCAGGGGACCAAGGAUGGACCCUGGAGGAACGCCACUGUCAGUUUGCCCUUCCAGGGAACAUACCAGAUAAUGGUAGUGUCAGGCAUCGAUCCGGGAAACUCUACAUUUGUUGCAAUCGACAACGUGACGGUCAGAAGCGGAUUGUGUGACAAGGAAGAUGAUCACGCAAGAUCUCACGGGGAUUGCGAUUUCGAAAGGAGCUUAUCUCAGAAUGGGUUUUGCCUCUGGACUAACGAGAUCGGGAACGACUUUGACUGGUAUCUGGGUAUAGGAGAAACAUUCAGCAGAUUCACCGGUCCAUUCGCGGACCACACGACAGGGACAGGAUACUACGCCUUUGUCGAAUCCUCUAAACCAAAUAACCCAGGUGAACGUGCGCGCCUAGCAAGUCCCAUUCUUCAAGGCGAGUUCUGUCUGCAGUUUUUCUACCACAUGAGGGGAGACACGAUGAGCUUGCUUGUCGUCUUCUCCCGGGGAGUACACUCAAGGAAGUACAGGCUCCUUUGGGUCAAAUCAGGUGACAGAGGGGGGCGAUGGCAUAAGGGCGUGGUCACAGUAAAAGGCGUCACAACAGAAGAACUGUACCAGGUUGUGUUCGAGGGAAUUCUGGGAAUCAGUUACAGAGGUGAUGCCGCGAUUGAUGACGUCACAUUUACCAAAGGCGCAUGUAUUACCACAGAGCUUACCACAUAUCACGUUGGAAGUCACACAAGGGUCUAUUCUGUGCAGCUUUUGCCUGGCCAGUAUAAUGGGUGGUCGGCAGAGUUCAGUUUUGAUGUUUCAACAAUACCCUCCAACUCAACCGUGACCUACAUCUACACACCACAGGUUCCCCACAUUAGCAUGUUCAGUGCUACGCCGAGACUGUACGAUCCCAUAGGCUUCCCAUUAGAUAGGUUCUACCAGGAUCCAAAUGGACCAAAGAUCUACACGCACCGCCUGCCAUCCUCUGAGUUCUACAGCCUCCAGAAUGAUUCCCACGCGCAAUGCUGCAUGGGAAGAGAUACAGUACGCACAGUACAUGUCAGCGGUGUUAGACAGCAAGACCCAUCUAUCAGCUUUGGAUGUAUCCCAGGAUGGCAUCGCAUUGGCGCAUCAUGCUACAUGUUUUUUCGUUUUCCCGCUGGCUACACCCCGUGGGCUAUAUCAAGAUACUACUGCCACUCAUUUGGAGGGGAACUAGCCACGCCCAAGAGCACCCUCAUUCUAGACCGUAUAACAAACAUAACAUAUUCCUUUGGAGACUUUGGCUUGGCACCUUAUGUUGCUCUUAGAGGCCAAAUUAAAUGGUCGCUAGGUGAUAAUGGCCCUUUGGUGGAGUAUCUCUGGGGGGAGAGUGAGCCGAGUGGCGAUGGGAUGUGUGGAGUAUUGCGCAAGAAUACAAAGCCUAAAACAUGGCGCUGGAAUGAUGUGCCGUGCCCCACGGAGGCCCCGGUACUCUGCCAAGACAACAUGGUCAUACCUAAUCCAGUGGCGCUUUUCCCUUUAUGUGGCCCAAACAUCGCCCAAGAAGCGAGCCCUGAUGCCUUACCAGACGGGGUACUCUCAAAUAUAUACAUGUCCCCAGGACCGCGCGGCCACUCCAACAACUCUGCCCGGUUUACUGGUUUCAUGGAUUCAUUCAUAACAUUCCCUAACAACGGCGCACUUGACAUCAUUUCGUCAAUAACAAUACUGGCGUGGAUCUACCCUACCACAUAUGGUGGUACUAUAUUUAACUAUGGCAGCUCGCCCUCUGGUGUUCACAUAAGCUUGGUAUUUCCUGGAAAACUAUCGGCGGAGUUUUAUGAUAGAGAUGUACCAAAAUCCUUUGCAGUCGUCACUGGAGGUGUCAUUCCGUUGAACAAAUGGUCAUAUAUCGGUGUAGUGUAUGACUAUAGUAGUGGUUUGACAAGGCUGUUUGUUAAAAACGAGACAGUUACGAGUAGAAGGAUAUAUUCCCUAACACGCCUCGAUACACGUGGUGACGUACGGGUUGGGUCUUUGCCGGGAAGGACUGGGUACAAGGGCAGGAUAUCAUGCCUGCAGAUCUAUGACGUGGCACUUUCAGACUGGAAGGUGCUGGAUGUCCGCGAAAUUUGCACAAAGAAAGAACCAAUUUCUUGCAAGCAGCAUAGCAUUCCUUUACGAGGACGCUGUAUAUUCACCAACUCUACCGUCAGGCUUAGCGGGCUCGACGCACCAAACCACUGUACCUCGAGAGAGGCUCGCAUGGCUAUUAUCGACAAGGAAUAUGUACGAGCGCCCUUAGCAAAGUUCCUCGAAACCUCGCACCCUGAGACAUCACAAGCACACAUCGGACUUUUGGCGCAAGAGUACUGGGUCUGGCCUGAUGGGAGUUCUGUGGACAAGUUACUAUGGAAACAGGGAUUUCCCCGUAGUUUCUAUGGCACCCAGACGUGCGUGUGUGUGGACCCUGUGACGUCACGAUUGACGAACAAUUUCCUGUGCACAGGCAGUCGUGGGUUUGUUUGCCAAAAGAAUCAACUAAAUCUAGCCUCUGGGCGUCCAACAAGCUUCUCUAGUAUUGCCCGUGGAGGGGUGGGUGCGUAUGCAGUGGAUGGGCUUUACAGUACGUGUUUUGCUACUCUUCAGGAGUCGAAGCCUUUUCUGAGAAUCACUCUCGACGCAGAGGUUUUCAUCUACAAAGUCACUCUCGCGAACAACAGAGAUUGUUGCCGGGAGGCGUUGUCAAGCAUUGUUGCCCUGGUAACGGAUAGAAGAGGCUACAUCAGACAAUGUGGCGAUGCAGUCAGCUAUGGCUUGUCUAUAUACCACGAGUUUGUCUGUAAACUUCCGAUGGCCACGAAAUUCUUGACCAUUACCAGUAUGGAGGCAAAGAACUUUUCACUGGUCGCGUGUGAGGUUGUGACUUACUCAUUCCGUAACCCACAAGAAGCAAAUGGCGUCAAGCGAGAGCUGUGGAAGCAAGUCUCCUAUAAACAGACCACGACCAUGCGAGAUAACCCCGUAUUCAAAAGCUCCGCCUCCUUGUCUCACGUGAUUACAUCUUUUGACGCGCCGAGGGAUGCCGACGAGAAUUACGCACAAAGGCUCACGGGAUACCUUCAGGUGCCUUUCACUGGCAACUACACAUUCUACAUUUCCUGUGACGACCAAUGCGAGCUGUGGAAGUUUGACGUAGAGGAUGAGGGUAUUGGCUACCAGCCCAUCCCUGGCGACAUGAAGAGGAUGUCCCCCCUGACGAAGGCUGACCAGCGCACGGCCUACAAUCAGUGGUUUAGGUAUCCCAGCCAGGUUUCAGUCCCAGUGUUUCUCCACCACUGUUUCUUCUACAAAUUGCAAGCUUACAUGAGAGAAGGCAUUGUCUCUGACCAUCUUAGUGUCGGGAUGCGACUCGCAUCCGGAAAAUACGAGCUACCGAUCCCAGGAGAAAGGCUUUAUUCUCAGCUUCCAGGAAAGAGACAGUUCGAGGUUUCUUUUGGCAAUAAUGGCUGGAUAUCAGAACCGGUUGGAUCUGACGUUAAUAUUUUUGGAGACUUCCUUUAUUGCUGUGAUGGCGUGUACUGCCCCAACUGCCCGAUGCACAUUGUACUCUUGUUAAACGGCCAGCGGUUUGUCCUGAAUGAAAAAGCACCAAUGACGUGCAAUAAGACGAGAUUUGGCGUAAGAUACGGAGAAUGCCUGCAGCCUGGGAACUACUCCGCUUUGGUUGAAUACUCUUUCGCGAAUGAAACCGUGAUGAAAGAGUUGAUAAGUGUUGGGACACUGGAAAUGAAAUCAACUGUUCUCGAGAAGUGCUUUUUCUCCAAGAACUUCUGUGGAUGGAAAAAUGGGGGUGCUUAUAAAUGGAAAUUGGCAAGCGGAAAGCAACCUUUGGACGGCAAACAUUACUUUGCUUUCACCGAUGCUCAAGAUCGUGUUACCAUGAAAACGCAAUCGUUACCAUGGCAACCAUUCCAGCGCAACAUCGGUGUCUGCCUUAAGUUCUCAUACCACAUGGGCAACACUUCGGACGGGCACCUCGUGAUUCAGUUGCAGAUAGACAAUCAUGUCCAUCCGGUCUGGAAUCUGUCCGGUUUCCAUGGGAACAGUUGGAAUGAAGGGCAAGUUUCGUGGAGUGGCGAGCCAAGUAGUAAGGUUGUAUUCACAGCAUGGGCCUCGCAAAACACUGAUGUGCGAGUAGCGAUUGCUGAGAUCGUGUUUAUCACCGGGCGUUGUGCCGUACAGCCACCAUUCGCCUUACCAGGUCAUGAAUGCCUUGAGGACGAGUUUGGAUGUGAGAACGGCCAGUGCGUCAAGCGAGGACUGCUCUGCGAUGGCGACAAGGCGUGUCUGGAUGGCUCGGACGAGAAACACUGCAGUUGCCCUUCAAAUAUGUUUUUAUGCCCAAGUGGGGAGUGUAUUCCCACUACUGCACUCUGCAACAACGAGAAUGAUUGCAGUGAUAACGCGGACGAGAGGAACUGCCAUCGUGAGUGCAGCUCUGGUGAUGAGUUCCAGUGUGUCGGUGGUGGUUGCAUCCGUUGGAGUUCUACGUGUAGAGCUCAGCAACUUUGUCCAGGUUUCACCGAUAAUCCAGCUAUCUGCGAAUACGCAAACUGUAGUUUAAAUAAUCUUGGCUGUCGGAGGAAUAUUGAUAUCACUCAGGUCAACGAGGAGGAACGGAAAUGCAAGCCCUUGCUCACUCGUUGUAAGUUUGAGAAUGGCUUGUGUGGUAUGACCCUUGAUGAGACGUCCGGUCUCAAGUGGUCCCUCGGGUCUGGUAAGACCCCGACAGAGAAAACUGGGCCGAGCAAUGACCACAGCACCCUUUCAGAUAAAGGUUCGUAUCUCUACAUCGAAGCAUCGGGGCACAAGCAAGAUGAGGCUGCACGGCUGGUCAGCGGUGUUCUUGAUGCAAAUGAAACUGUCUGCCUUCAGUUCUGGUAUCACAUGUAUGGAAGACACAUAGGGAGCCUUCGAGUGAUUAUCACAUCGAAUACGACAGCAACCUUGGUAUGGGAACAGCGUGGGGACAAGGGCGAUGUCUGGAGAUAUGGGCAGAUUGCACUGAAGAGCGCGGAAGAGUUUCGGUUUAUCAUAGAAGCUACGACGACCAAUGGAAAUAAAGGGGACAUUGCUUUGGAUGACAUGACGGUAAUACGGGGAUCUUGCAAAACAAUCGCGAAACAACGAUCAAUGGACUGCGACUUUGAGGACGGGAUGUGUGGUUGGACAGGGCAUAAAGAUUGGGCAAUUUUACACUCGGACUGGAGAAAUGAACACCACAUCAGCCUGUUACCGGUUUCGGGUUCGAGCUUCAAGAAUCUCACUUCGCCGCUAUUCAAUCAAAAAGGCUUUAAGUGGAAGUGCUUGCGUCUCUGGUAUGACCUCCACAGUGAUUUAUUGCAGCCAUGGCUUUUACCAACUAUGUACGUCGUAUUGGAAACACCGUAUAACAACACAGUAUUAACUGUCAUUGUGAGCUCUGCACAUCAGUGGAGAUUCCUACAAUCCCCCAUACCACAGCACCUCAGGAACAUCAAGAUUGCUAUAGUUGGAUUACAUCCUUAUGAGGACAGCUAUGCACAGCUCAACAUCGACAACAUCGAGCUGUCACGUGACCUUUGUGAGCCAAUCCCUUGGAAAGAAGACAGUACAAAGCACAAUGUGACGUGUGACCUUGACCUUGAGUGGUGCGGCUGGAAGAACGUCUACAAUGAUACUUCCGGUCUAUGGGUAGCCUCAGAUUACAACGCCACAGCGAGUUACAAGAACUACAUCGAUGAGUACAAUUGGAAGAUGAAUGACACCCAGUCUAAAGAACCAGAAGAUUCUGGAGAUUUCCAGGUCACCUUCCACCGUUACUCGCCAGGGAUAAUCCAAUUCACUAAGAUGCCAAGACUGCUUGAAUUCUCAAUGUGUUUCUGGAUCAAAUCCUUUUAUCAGGGAUUCUAUGUGGAGUAUAAAACAAAGACAGAAAUGGCUACAACUUUAGAGUUCGUGGUUGAUGUGUUGGACUGGUUGAUGUUUAAAAUCGGUUCUCAAGUGGGGGCCGUCCCAACUAACAUAGUUGAUGGCGCUUGGCACAUGGUGUGUUUUGUUUGGGCGGGGCUAGGAAAACCCGUAGUGAUCUACAUCGAUGGCAAAAAGGCCGGUGUUGUCUACCCUGGCUACUACGCUAGAGUCCCAGCUCUUGGUGACCUGGUUAUCGGUCACAGACCAGCAGAGGACAAUGCAAAGGAUACCCUUUCCACCCUUGGUAGCUUUAACCUCUGGAGCUCUACCCUGAAGGCUGAGGCCAUCAAACGGAUGUCGUUUGGGUGUGGUGGAGAGCACGGGGACGUCAGAGAGUGGUUUAUGGUUUUGGCCAAUAUUCAAGGACAUAUCGGGAGGAAGAGGCGACGAGAAUGCACUGAUAGUACAGCAAAAAGGAUAAUUUUUCAAAGUGGCUUCAAUAACAAACUCACCCAGAGCUUCAGCGCAAAACUUGUGGGUCCACAUUUCAGUAGGUCAGUGGAUUCUUCGAGUGUUUGCCUUAGAUUCCGCUACAUGAUGUACGGACCAGGAGUACAGCGACUCUCAGUAGCACAGAAAGUUGGCAAUGGCAGCAUGGUUCCAGUAUGGGAGGAUGAUGCUAGUGACAAAACGUGGAGAUACGGACAGACACCUUUAAUGGGGAUACAUGAUUACAAGGUCGAGUUUUCUGGAACACUGGAUGGAAGACGACCUGGAUUUAUAGCUGUAGGUUAUGCAUUUAUCGCUUCUGGUUUUUGCGUCCAUUGGCCCGAAGACGCAAAGAAAGCAUGCAGCCAAGAUUUUACCGACGCCCCUGGAUACAUUACGUCCCCUCAGUAUCCAGGACCUUAUAUCGCGAAUAGCCACUGUGUUUGGCGAAUCAUUGCACCUGAAAACUACGUCAUCAGGCUAGAUAUACUAGACAUGAGAUUACAAGAUCAUGUGACGUGCGCUAAGGACUACGUCGCGGUGCAUGACGGUAGUGACGUCGCCUCGCCUCUGAUUGGACGGUACUGCGGGUUUAUUCAUCCCGAACUGAUUGAGUCUACAAGUAACCACAUGACUAUUCUAUUCCACUCUGACGCGCAAUUCCACAAAAGAGGGUUGAAAGCGCUCUAUAGGUUUCUGAAAGGCAACCGGGAGCAAAGCGAUGUUUGUCUUAGAAAACAAGGCUGCCCGUCUGGUUGUACAUGUUCUGAUAUCAUGGGUGAUCAGCAAGGGAGGAUCGUUGUCGAGAGCGAGCAACAGCUUCUGGCGAUGCCGGCCAAUUUGCCUUCGCGGACCGCUGCCGUCAUGUUUCAGGAAAAUCGGAUCUCGAGUCUGACAGAGCGCAAUUAUCAUUAUCUUCAAUACCUGCUUCAUUUUGAUUUGUCUUUUAAUAUCAUCACAAACCUCAACGCCCGAGCCUUCACAAACGUAACUUCACUGGACACCUUGCGACUGAAUUCUAACUUCCUUCAGAGAAUUCCUCCGCUGGUUUUCAAGGACAUGCAAAACCUGAAAGUUCUUGAUCUGAGUCGAAAUCUUCUCACCAAACUGGAAAAUGGUGCUUUUGACGGCUUAACCAAUCUUAAUGUCCUGAGUUUACGUAUGAACAAGCUCGAGUCAUUUCCUCGUGGCCUUUUCAACAUCACAGCCAACCUGACACAGCUCUUUCUUCAGCACAAUCGCAUCGUCUCCGUACACGAUGGUCAGUUCCGCUCUUUGCAGAAUCUCAAAGUGCUGGAUUUGAGCUCCAAUAACCUGACGCGACUUACCAAAGACACCUUUGAAGGACUGGAGUCUUUAACUGAACUAUACCUCCAUGAUAACAAGCUUCGCGAUGUUGAUGCCGACGCAUUUGAUGACUUGCACAAUCUUAAAUACCUGAAACUCGACUUCUUUAUUCUCUGCUGUUACGCGCGGAAAUCUGUACCUGGCGUGACGUGCGAGUCCCCAAGUGACGACUUCUCCAGCUGCGAAGACCUGAUGAAGAACAAAUACAUCCGGGUAUGUGUGUGGAUCCUUGGACUCAUGGCGCUACUAGGCAACAUGUCGGUAAUUCUGUGGCGUAUUCUCGACAAGGAGACCAAUCAAAUUCAUUCCAUGUUGCUGUUGAACCUUGCAUUCUCGGACCUCCUGAUGGGUGUGUACUUGCUUUUAAUCGCCAUCAUGGAUACCAAAUGGCAGGGAGAGUAUUUCAAGCAUGACAUCGAGUGGCGGUCGGGGAUUGGGUGCCAGGUUGCGGGAAUACUUUCUAUGCUCUCCAGCGAGGUCUCUGUUCUUAUUCUUACGGUCAUCACAGCGGACAGACUUGCCUGUAUAGUCUUCCCUUUCAAGUUCAAGCGCUUGAAGAAAAGAUCAGCAACAUUUACGUGUACUGUAGUAUGGAUUUUCAGUCUAGUCAUCUCAGUUUUACCCGUGGCAGGUCUAGAGUACUUCUACGACAAGAAAGGGUAUUUCGGCUUUUACGGUCGAUCUGCGGUGUGCUUGGCUCUUCAGUUAUCUGAGGAUCGCCCAGCUGGCUGGGAAUACGCAGUGGUUAUUUUCAUAGGGGUGAACUUGGUGGCGUUUAUGUUUAUGCUGUUUGCGUACAUUGCGAUGUUUUGGACCGUCAAGCGAGUAUCGCGUGCUGUCCGGUCCACGUCAAUGAGCAAGGAAUCGGCCAUGGCCAAGAAAUUGAUUUUUAUCAUCUUGACCGAUUUCUGCUGCUGGAUGCCUGUGAUCGUCAUCGGGAUUUUGUCGCUGACAGGAGUAUUCCACGAUCCACGACCCCAGGUUUACGUGUGGAUAGCUGUGUUUGUACUGCCCGUCAACUCCAGCAUCAACCCCAUUUUGUACACCUUUUCUACCGCGCAUGUGCGGAAGAAAAUCGGACGAAAGGGACUGGAGCUUAAUAACUUUCUGACACAGGGUGCCCAUGGAGACGGCAUAUCGCAUCGCAAACGUGCAGUGCCGUGGCUAAGAGUUCAAAGUCCAUUCCAAGACAUGGAGAUGACUCAUGUGACCAGCCCCAGUCCACUUAUAAAAACGCAGUCAUUUGAGUCCCGGAUCCCGACUCGGAUAGAAACAGAUGUCCCAUCAUGCAACAUUCGCAUUAUUGAGCAGGCUGAUGUGCUGCGGCAAGAAAGCUCAGAUCACGUGACCUUUUUUGUAGCUAUGGUUGAGUCACGUGACACUCUGGGGAUGCAUCUUAUUAAAAGCUUCAGUAAGAAAGCAGAGAAGGACUGGAGACAAGAGGUGGAGGCAAUGAUAGAAUUACACACGUCCAGCGACCGGAAGGAUCACCCUAAUCUUGCUAAUUACUUUUGGCAUUCAGCGGCAUUCCGUCAUGUAUUUGAGCAGAGCAAAGACAAGGAUUUACUUAUCAAGCCCAACAACUUGUUGAUCUGUUACGAGUUCUCGUCCAGCACGUCCUUGCAAGAUUUCUUAACUGAAGGCGAGGGUGUGAUGAGUUUCGACACUCUUUGCGUGCUAUCCAUUGACGUCAUCAGCGCGAUAGAACACCUUCACAAACACGGCAUACGUCACGGCAACAUUAGCACGGAUACAGUACUUAUUGCACCUUGCUCGAGGGUUCCUCCAAUCAAGGCAGUACUUGGCGGAUUCUCACAAGCCACUAUCACUAGGGACACCAAGGCAACCGGACACUGUAACCUCGCCUGCGCUGACGUCAUCACGUCAUGUGACGACAUAGUUCAGUAUGGGCAGCUCUUAGCUGUGUUGUUGGGGCAUUCACAUGGGUCUAGUGAAUAUACAGAGAUUCACGAGAUAAUGAACCUGUGCUUCAUUGAGAGCCCACGUCGCCGUCCGCUGGCCAGACGCAUCCGGGAGCUUUUAGAGGACGCGUGGUGCACUGUGGGAGUCUGGGAUACAUUCCUUUAAUUACAGACCCCCUUAUAUAUGUAAAUGAUCCGUAUGAUACCAGAUUUAGAUUUAGCGGAAUUGGUGCAGUUGUAACGCUUUAAAUCUAGGAGAGUGAAGAGACCCCCAUAAAAUAUCUUUUGUCUCUA